AUGAGGAUCUACGAAGAGUUGAGAGAGAUUGUGAAGAUUCAGAAGUUCCGAAGAUUUGUGUCGUAUACUGGGUUCUACUGCUUCGCGACGCUCAUAAGCUACGCUUACGUCAGCAAUACGACAAGGGCUGGUUACUCUAGAGCCGAUCAAUUCUACGCGUCGUACCCCGCUGGUACCGAGCUUUUAACGGACACUACCAAGUUGUACAAAGCUGCACUUGGAAACUGCUUCGAAGUUGAAGAGUGGAGUCCGUUUGAGUACUGCAUCAUGGCGAAACACUUCGAGCGUCAAGGGAAGUCGCCAUAUGCUUAUCAUGCGCAAUACAUGGCACACCUCCUUUCUCUUGGACAACUUGAUGGAAAUUUCCAGUGCAGCAAACACUCUCAGUGUCUAGUCCUUGGUGAGGGAGUGAAAAACAAUGAGGAAGCUAAAGUUUCACGAGAAGAAGCUUUUGAAGAAGGUUUAUGCCAUAUGGUUCAGAAGUUAGUAAACAUAUUGAAACAAAUAGACCCAAAGGAUCCUUUCCGGAUUGAUAUGACUGAUAAGCUUCUAGAAAAACUUUACAACAUGGGUGUGAUUCCAACCAGGCAAAGCAUUACACUUUGCGAACGCUUAACUAUGCGGAGGCUCACGACUGUUUCGGUGCGACUAAAAUUUGCAGAGCACUUGAAAAGAGCUGUCACAUACAUUGAGCAAGGUCAUAUAAGAGUUGGUCCGGAGUCAGUUACAGACCCAGCUUUCCUUGUUAACUAG